AUGAGAUAUUACAACCUUCCGAUAAUGAAACAAUUUUGUAUAUAAGGCAAACAAAAGUUUAUGACUGGACUCAGCUAAUUAUGAAAUGCGAGCAUGGAUUUACAUUCGACGAAGAUAAUAUAUCCAUCAAAGAUGCCUCUGAAUCUGCAUUUAAGAUCAAUGUAAACAAAAUUCGAAAAUAUUUAUUAAAUAAUCAUUCUGAAGAAGAAAAAGAGUGCAAACAUAACCUUGAAGCUUUUUGCAAAAGGAAUCUCAUAUUAGGUGGAAAUGUUUUAGCAAGUUCUCUUUGGCUUUCUACGCCUCUUGGACUAUCACAUGAGGUAUCUAAACAAAUGCUUAGCCAUCUUGAAAAAUAUACUAAAUGUUCUCAUCAAAAGUGGGAAAAGGCAUUAAUUGUCCUUCAAGAAUCAUGUAUCUCACCAACUGAAGAAUUUAUUAAAGCUGUUGAAAAUGCAUUGGCUAUGGGCACUGAUAACAAAAAACUCAAAAAACUUCGAGAGAUUUCAAAAAAAUAUGGCCAAUUCUACGCACGCCGUUUCGUAUUUGGAGGGGCGAUAGUUAAAAUAUACACCAGCAAUUCAAAUGAAAGCUCAAAAACUAAAACAAUUGAUUCAAAAAAUAAGAUCGGUCUUUCUGCACAGAGCGUUGCCAAUGCUGAUGUAAAUUUAAAUAUUUUUCGUAGAACUGAGAAAAAAACAAAAGUAUUCAACUAUCACUCAAAUAUAAGAACUGUCGGCGGAAUUACAGAAAAAUAUAAUAAUAAAGACGAUUCUAUAAAACCUUGGCUAGACUCUCUAAAAGAUCAUACCACUUGGGAUGUAAUUGAAUAUGAUGAAAUUGGGUUGAUAUUUGAUUUAUUGGAUGAUAGAUUGCGAAAACAAAUCUUUGACGUAUUAGGUUACCCAAUCUUAAAAGAACCAGAUAUAAUAACUAAUAAAGACUCAAGUUCAGCAACUGAUAACUUUGCUACCAUAUCAAAUUCAGUAACCGAUAACUCUGCUAUCAUAUCGGGAACAAAUUCAGUAAUCGAUAAAUCUGCUGCCAUAUCCGGAUCAAACUCAGCAAUUAAUAACCAUGCUCUGACAAAAGCUAUUAAAGACAUUUCAUCCAUUAUUAUUGGUACUCAUAUAGCACUUCAUAAACAUUCUGCAUGCUUAUUCGCAUAUGACACCAAAGAAAGGAACAAAGUGAUAGAUAAAAAUAUCUUACAAAGAUUAUCACUAUAUGCUUGUGUUGUAGAUACAAAUGUCUCUCUUGAUACAUAUAACUCUAGUCAAACUGGUGCAAAUAUCUCUCUUGAAGCAUGCAGUUUUGGCCAAAAAGAAGUUACGUGGCGUAAGAGCAGAACUCAUAAUAAAAUAUCUUAUAGUCAAAAAAAUAUUUUUCAAAAAAAUGCUUUGUUCACCAAAGAGCAAACUUCUAAAAAUUUGAUCUUUGUAAAUCAAUUUUUUAAUUAUUGUUUCGAAAAUGGAUCUGAACAUUGUCAAUUUCAUGGGUCUGUUAAUGUUAAAUCUGAUGAGGUUAUUUAUGGAUCAUUCAAUUCUAAAUCUUUGAAUAACAUUGAAGGAAAAUUUUCUUAG